GCCGUAUCAUACAACCCCGCAGGACGCGACAAUCACUCUAUACAAACAACUCAACGGCCCGCCCUUAUAACAUGUUAUUCCAGCAAUUGCCAGCUUCCAUUGCCUGCUAGACGUUUAUCGUCUGGCCGAUUACACUCUGAUUCCGCCUGUGCACCCAGCUCAGGUUGAAACCAGCCGCUCGUCAUCAGCUACAACAGGCCUCAGAUCAGCCCUGCUUUACAACCCCUCACUGUCGUCCUACGACCUAGACGACCAAGCUGUCACCCGCGAUCACUCAAAUCCUGCAGAGGUGUCUCUAGACGCCGAACCCCUAUCGUCUCUCCUCAGUCACUGUUCUUAUCGCGCGACCUUGUGGGCCCCCGAUCGCGCGUGGAUCCGGACUCUGAACCCCGGAUUAUAAAGACGUCAACUGUCAUACCACAAGUGUACUGAGUAUAUGCCGCAACCAUGAAGUUCCUCCCACUUCGCGACUUCGACGACGUCACCAGCGCGUUGAACUUCAACACCCCCGAUUGCCAUGUCGUCGGCGGCUGUGAUCUGUACACCACAAAGGCCGCUGGCUCCGAUAAGAAGCUCUAUCGCAAUAUCGAAAACUCCCUAGAGUCGCAAUACGAAUCUUUGCUGCGGCUGUCGGCCUCGCUAUCCCCCCCACAAUCUUCCGGGCCAGGAUCGCUCGAUCUGAGCAGGUCAAGUCCAUUCGGGCCCCUGAGCCAGAUAUCAAGUCGUAGGACUUUCGCAUAUCUGAUCGCCACGCUGAAUGCCAGUCACCCUGACUAUGACUUCUCCCAUAUCCUGCGACCAACGGACUUCAGGAGGGAGCGAAGCCUGAAGUCAGUCAUGAACAAUAUCGAUUCAACAAUGUAUAACCUGAGGCCGAGCCCCAGCGCAUCCCUAGAGCUCCCACCACCACCUAAAGGCGCGUCUGCAGCGCCAGCUAGCCAGGCGUGGGGACCACGUAUGUGGACCGUAAUUGACAAGGAGAUGACUCUCAAGGAGUGCUCCGUCUACUGCUGGUCGCCAGAGGAAUCCGAGUGGGACGGCGAAGAGGGCUCCAUCUGGAGCGUGCACUAUCUCUUCUUCAACAAGGCCCGAAAGCGCGUUGCCUACAUCUAUGUCCGUGGCAUCCCGAUCAUGACUCACAGCCCCCGACUCGGAUUUCCAAAACGCAGCGCCAGUGGCGUGAGUAGGGAGAGCGGGGCGAACAAGCGUGCUCGGUACUGGCUUGGCGACAAGGCCGACAGUGCCACGGGCCAGCCGGACGACGACGACAUUGAGCGCAGGGACUGGACGGUGUCCGAAGAGUUCGAUCUGAACAAUGAUGAUGAUGAUUUUAUAUCAGACCUUGAUGUCUUCUCUGAUGACUAUGACGACGAAGCAGAUGACGAAGACGAGGACCAGGAUCUGAAGGCGCCCGUACGCGGCGUUAGUGAGGAGGUCGCUGCGGAGAUGGAGAUUUGAGCCUUUUCGAGGGAGCCGUAUUCGAACAUGUGAUUUAUUAUGGUUUUGUUGUUUUUUGGGACAGGCGUUUCGGACCGAUGGCAACGGUCCGCCACACUGUACCCGAUACCACUGAUGCGUUUGAAUUUUUUGAUUGCUUUUCUUUUCACGUUAGAUCCUAGGGAGGAGUUGGGCUGGAGCCUGGCUGGGUUGGUGGGAGUGUUCAAUGGUUGGAAGGAUACUGGUGGUACAUACCUGGCGUUCGGUGAUUUCUCUGGCUGGUGAGAGCGGCCUGGGACUUGGCGCCACCGAGGUAUAUACUUAUAAUGCUUGCAUGAAUGUCGUUAGAAAUUGAAACUCAACUUUCAUCUGAUCUGGUGG